UCCGCAUGGGCGACCACAGCUUGAAGACCAAGGAAGGGACGGAGCAGUGCAUCACCUCGGCCAAGGCCUUCCUCCACCCCAACUACGACCCCACCAGCCACGACAGUGACCUCAUGCUCCUCAAGCUCCAGAAGCCCGCCCGCUUCACCCCCCUCGUCCACCCCGUGGCCCUCCCCAAACG